AUGGACCAACAAGUCAGUACUGGUAUCCUUAAACUUAUGUUCGCUGCACAUGAAAACGAAAAACCAAUUCUUCAAGUAAUGAAAGUUGAUUUAACUAAUCCUCCGAAUCAAGUAGCGUUUUCAGAUGGUCGUGACUAUGUACAAGCAAUGAUUACUCUGGCAAUUAUGAAAACUUUAGGUAAAGUCAUGUCACAAAGUUCCAAUAAUUCACCACAAUCUCUCCAAAGACCUCAAGCACCUCAAGUUAGAUCUCCUCAACAACCUAACAUACGACCACCCACGUCUCAAACAAAUGAUGGUGAUGAGGGACGUGGAGAAGGAAAAUUGUUUAAUGUCACUUUAUUGGAUAAUAGUGAAGAAAUUAGAGCCACGGCAUUUAAUCAACAAGUUGACGAAUUCUUUAAUGUAUUGCAAGAGGGAAAGACAAAAAUAAAUGGUGCUAAAAAGCAGUAUUCAUCAUUGAAGAAUGAUUAUGAAAUCACUUUAGAGAGUAGAACUCAGAUUGUUCCGUGUCCAGAUAUUGAUCCUAUGAAUAUGUUAAAAUUAAUGAAACAUGAAAAAGAUAGCACUAUAGGAAUUGUCAAAAGUGCAGAUGAUUUACAAUCAAUAACAACUAAAGCUACACAGAAAAUGGCUGAAAAUUUUGAAAUGAAGGAAAAUCCUGUUGUUGUAUGUAAAAAUGUGAAAGUGGGAGAUUAUCAAGGACGUUCACUUUCAGUUUUCAGUGGCACUACAUUGUUAUAUAAUCCCAAUAUUCAUGAAGCUAAAGAAUUACAUGAAAAUCAAGAAUUUAAUCCUUUUGCUGGUAUGAGAGGAGAAUAUAAUGCAAUGCAAGAAAGGAUUGAGAAUAGAAAAACCAUCGAACAAGUUAAAUCUGAGAAUCUUGGCAGUGGUGAAAAAAAAGAAAAUAAUUAUUAUCCAGCUUGUGUCAAUGUUGGAUGUACUAAAAAAGUUUCUGAUGAAAAUAGAGAUGAUAGUUGGAAUUGUGAAAAAUGUGGUCAAACAUUUUCUCAACAAAAUUAUAGAUAUAUUGCACUAAUUAGUGUGGCUGAUUAUACCGAUUCCACAUGGUUUCAAUUUUAUGAUGCUGUUUUCGAAAAAGUUUAUUUUAAACCUUAUAUAUUCAGAUGCCGUGCCAAAAUUGUAAAUUAUAAUGAUAAUUCUAGAGUUCGAUGUACUGUGGCAAAUAUAAGUCCUGUAGAUUAUAUUGCACAAUCUAAAGAGAUGUUCCAAAAUAUAAAAAUUCUUGAUCCGUAA